AUGGCCCAGAACACCACUUACGCCACACAAACCAAGUCCAUCGCUAUUCCAACGCCAAGCAAGAAGAACACACCCUCGCAAGAAGUCCAAAUAUACUCAUUCGAAGUCGGCAGCCCAGCCUACAGUGACUGCGAGUCAGCCCUGGACGAAGACGAGAACGCCUACGACAUGUACCACAUUCCCUCCCACCACCGAAGGAAUGCGUUGAGCUUCGAAGACGGCUUCGAAUUCCCCACAUUAGAGGUUGCCAAAGCUUUCGCCGGGGAUAUCCGUGACAAAACGAUUCUCGUAACGAGUAUCAACGUCGCCGUUAUUGGAUCUGCAACAGUACAAGCUUUUACUUCUCAGUCACCAGCUCAUAUCAUCCUCGCGAGCCACACUCCAUCCGAGAUCCGAGAGAGCAUCGACAAGCUUAAGGUUAAAUUGCCCAACGUAGAUUACCGCUCUCUCAUUCUUGAUCUUUCCACGCAGAGGACCGUCACAGCCGCUGCCUCGUGGGACGACGUCCCAACCAUCGAUAUCAUCGUCAACAGCGCAUCGUUCCCCAGCCCACGACCAACGAAGAUGGACUGGAAAUCCACUCCUCAAGGCGGCGUAGAACAACCCGAAGAGAGCGACCCGAACCAUCAACGUCUCGUCGCUGCCGCCCACGACGGUGCGCAUGCGCAUCGCGCUGAAAGCAAGCGGCUGUACAAGAAGCACGGCAUCCUGAGCAUCAGUCUGCACCCGGGCAUCACGAACACGGAGAUCAUCCGGGACGCCGCGCCCGACACCAAGGCCAUGGUCACCGACUAG